AUGUACACAAGUUGGAGUUGGAAAAUAUGGAGUACAAUUGGAGUACUUCUAAGCCUCAUAUUUAUUGAUAUUCCAUCCGACAUUUAUAGAUUUUUAACAUUGAGACAGAAGGACGUGAAAGGACAAACCAUUAUAAUUACCGGCGGUGGGUCUGGAUUGGGGAAGGCCAUGGCAAUUAGUUUUGCAAGAAGGAAAGCAAAAGUUGCAAUAAUUGAUGUCAAUAAGGAAGGUGGAGAGGAUACGGUUGGCAUCAUCACCAAAGAAAACAAUUCAGCAAAAUUUUAUAAUUGUGAUAUAACGGAUACAGGAAAAAUGAAAGAGGUUGCUGAAGAUAUUUAUAAACACUUUGGAGACGUAGAUAUUGUAAUUUGUAACGCUGCAAUUCUGUCAUUCACAUCGUUUAUGGAAAUUUCCAAUGAGCAACUUCGAAAAUGUUUGGAUGUGAACAUUUUUGGAACAAUUAAUACAAUUAGAACAUUCCUUACUAGAAUGGAGGAAAAAAAUUCAGGUCAUAUUGUAUGUGUGUCGUCUAUUGCAGGUUGGUCCGGUGAAACAAUGGGAUUAUCCUAUUGUACGAGUAAAUUUGCUGUUCGUGGUGCCAUGGAAUCUUUACAAAUGGAACUUAGAGACCGCGGGCUUGACGGAAUCAAAUGCACAACUCUUUAUCCUUAUUUCGCAAGAACUCCGAUGAUUUUGGGCAACAAAAUGAGGCCAACAUGCACAUGGUUCCCAUUUAUGAGUAUUAACUCAUGCUCCGGAAGAAUGGUGGACUCCAUUCUUAAAGAAAAGGUCAAUGCUUUCGUUCCGUCGUAUAUUACUCUGGUUCCUCUAGUGAAGGGUUUGUGUUCAUACAACGUGCUCAAAUCGCUUCGAGACUAUUUGGGAAUUAAAUAUACACCAACCGAUCCGUCACUUUGUAAGCUAAAACUCGUUGAAAUGGCGGAAUAUUUUCGCUCGCCUCAUCUUGGUUGGUGGAUGGUAAUUGUUCCGGGACUUAUUAUCAAUUACCUUGCUUAUGCUAACCCAAAUUUGCUUCAACCAUUUCCUGUGAUUGGACAAAUUGCUGCCAACAUUGGGAAAAAUUAUCAUAACAUAACGAUUCUCACGAAUCUUUUCGCUUUGGCUGCACAUGUUGGAGAAGCUUUAUAUUCAUUAAAACUUUGCAAACAAUCAAAUCUUGGUUUUGCCAGCACUGCAAAAUGGUUCAUUCAAACCUUCAUCGUCGGUUUCCCAUCCCUUUCAAUUCUCAGGGCAUACACCAUUAAGCAAUCAAAGAGACGCUAA